AUGAAAACCUAUUUGCUGCCCGUAUUACUGGUGCUGGUCUUUGCGGCCUAUUCCCUGCCCUUGUUUCUUCGGGUAUAUAGCACCACACAAAUGGUAAUCGAUGAAGAAUUCCAUCUGCGGCAGGGUAUACGCUAUUGUCAGAAGCAAUUUAAGGAGUGGGAUCCCAAAAUUACCACCUUCCCCGGCCUGUAUUUCUUUGCAUUGCUACUAAUACCCUUGGAAUUUUGUGAGGUAUUGGGUUUACGUUUGAUAUCAUUGGUCGCGGCAGCUGUUAAUGUGGUCCUGCUGUAUUAUAUACGCCGCAAAAGUUUGGGUAAUGCCCAUUCAACGUUGGCCGCUUUGGAAGCGCUGACCAUAGGCAGUUUACCACCUCUAUAUUUCUUUAGUCAUUUGUACUAUUCGGAUACGUUGUCGCUGACCAUGGUAUUGCUGAUGUAUGCAUUUUGGCAAAAGGGUAGUCAUUUACAGGCAUCUGUAUAUGCUGCUGCCAGUGUCUUAAUGCGUCAAACCAAUGUCGUUUGGGUUGCCAUGGCUUUUGGUACAACGGCUUUGGAUUUGGUCACAGUGAAAUAUGCCGAGCUGAAGGGCAUUAAACCAAAUGAUGUUAAAAUCUAUCAACCAAAGGUUAUUUUCGACAUUUUAAAACGUUUCGAACUGGUGAUGAAAUGUCUUUGGUACAUUAUUACCCAAGGAUGUUUCUAUUUAAUUAUAAUACUGCCAUUUAUGGGUUUUGUCUAUCUCAACGGUUCCAUAGUGUUGGGAGACAAGAGGGCCCAUGAAGCUAGCAUUCAUUUGCCACAGCUCUUCUACUUCAGCAUUUUCUGUUGUUUCUUCGGCAUCUCAAAUAUUAUCAAUAGAUUCCGCGCGACAAUGCAAGCCAUAUGGCAAUAUAAAAGUGAAAUGAUUAUGUUAACCAUUGUGUUCCUAAUGAUAGUACGUUUCAAUACUUUGGUACAUCCAUAUCUGUUGGCCGAUAAUCGUCAUUAUAUAUUUUAUAUAUGGCAAAGACUAUACGGUCGUUAUUGGUGGUUUAAAUAUUGUAUGUGCCCCGUAUAUUCGAUUGCGCUGAUGUUCGUCCAUCAGGGCAUCAAACAUUUACGUUUUAAUUUACAAUUUAUGUUUUGGUUAGCUACUGCCAUAGUUUUGUGUUUCCAACGUUUGUUGGAAUUACGUUAUUUCAUAAUACCAUUUGUUUUGUUCCGAUUAAAUACCCGUCCCAAUUUGAAAUCGAGUCGUGCCCAUUGGAUUGAAUUGAGUUUCAAUGUCCUAUUGAAUGCCAUAACAUUUUAUAUUUUCUUUACCAAAGAAAUUAAAUGGGAUAAUUAUAAGGAACCACAAAGGCUUAUAUGGUAGAAUAACAG